UGAGGGGCCAGGCCCGUUCUGAGCCCUUCGGGUCGAUGACUUCAUUCUGUCCUGGCGCGAUAAGUCUGCGUGGUGGGGACCACCACUGUCCUGUUUGUGCAGACAGGCAAAGCGACCCCCCGAGGUCACCCUGCUGGUCGCAGUGUCCCCGGGUCCCUGUGUAGCAGCUCUGGGCCGUCGUGUCCAGCGGGCCGGUGUGCUCGCUGCCUCCUGGCGUGUGUCUGGGAAGAUCGUCAGCAUCCCGGGCUCACUGUCCCCAUUUGUGCCCCGGGAGUGACUCCUGCCCGGCUCUCAGGGCAGCUCUCUCUGACCCCAAGACCAUGUAGCACCGUCCCAGCACUGCAGGCCAAGGCCGCCCGGGGACCCUCACAGUCUCAUCAUCUUCAGGAGGCAGGAAAAACCUCAAAGGGUUUCCUUGAAAGGCCCCUUUAAGCCAACUUGCUGUCAUUUUGAGAUUUUUCCUCCGGAGAUGAACAUGGAAGGAACUGCCUAGUGCUGACAAACUUUGGGAAACUUCCAAGCACUUUGGGAUUCCCUUUCCCUCUCGGUCCUGCAUCAGCCUGUCACCUUGAAAGGACAUGCGACACUCCCUUCGGCCAGGCAACCAGCUGGGGACCUUUAAUAUCCCUUGGCCAAGAGCUGCAGGUCAGGAAGAGGGCAGAGCCCCUGGCUCUGUGUCCCAUGUCCCUCUCAAGACCUGGCUGAGCCGCUGGUCCUCCCGGCCCACAGGGUCCCCACCCUGGACAGAGGCCAGCCUCGGGGCUCCCAGGGCCCUCCAGCCUCUGGUGCCGGUAGCCCUUCCUCCCUUGGGCCAGCACCGCAUGAGGCAGGGGCUGCUCCACUCCCAGGUCACUCCUGGGGACCAGCCCCCAGCAGCCUCUGCAGCGGGAUGCCAGGGCCCUCCUGCCCCCAGAGGAAGGCAAACUCCAGGAAGGGUGGUGCUCAGGCCCUCCUCUGGGCUCAGCACGGCCCUCGGAGCAUCCCUGAGGGCUCUGAGGACAAUCUCAGAGGCCUGGACAGGCAGGGCUCACCAGCGGCCACCUCGCCUCAGCCCAACUCCAGAAGGUUCUGCUCCUGUUUCAAAAGAAGGGUUUCCACCUCCAACAAGAAUCAACAGGGGCUGGAAACCAAGCGCACGUAAUCAGACCAGCUCCCUCCCAGACCCGAGCCUGGCAGGUCCACCUGCCUUCUGGCUCAUCUGCCCAGCUGCCUGUAGAUGUCACAAACUCGCCUGGCCCAAGGUGUCUAGGUGCCUGUCCCCCCGUCUCUCCACCCACAUCUCAUCCCUCAGCCCAUCCUGGUGGCUCCACCUGCAGAACCGCCCAGAAUCUGCUCCUUCCGCAUGCCCCCCGCCCCAACCUGGGCCAAACCACACCAGCCCUCCCUCUAAUGCCUGUGGUCCCUUGCUGCGCCCGCACCUCCAGUCUGCUCUCCACACACCACAGCCUGACCACGUCAGCUCACAUCCUCCUCUGCUCCACACCCUCCGUGGCCACCCUCCAGGCAAAGCCCGGCCCUGCCAGGCCCUGAUGACGAGCUGACCUCAUUUCCUGCCACCCCGCUCCCUCCUGCCCAUCCCACUCCAGCCGACCGGCCUCCCCAUCUUCUCUCACACACCAAGACCAUUCCUGCCCUUGCUCUUGCUGGUCCUUCCUCUUAGAACACUCUUGAUGUCCACACGGCUCCCUCGCCUCCUCCAGAUCUUUGAUCAAACGUCAUCUCCUCAGUGAGGCUUUCCCUGACCUCCCCUUCUCACCACCUGAGCCCUGGGCAGGCUCAGUCUGUCUGCAUGUGACACGUUCCCCCCACCACCUGUGAGCCCCCAGGAGCAGGCCAGAAUGCCAGGGUUUGAAUCCUAGCUCUGCCACUUACCAGCUGUGUGACUUGGGACAAGGUGCUUAACCUCUCUGUGCCUCCAUUUCCUCCUAUGUAAAAUGUACCUUCACUCUAGGUCGUUGUGGAAGCUAAUGAGUUAAUACGUACAAACUGUCUGGAAUGCAGAGACGUCCGUUAGCCAUUACUCGAAUCGUUAUGAUGUGCUGUGGACCAAGGCUUCCUGGCCAGUGGUCCGAAGACCUGGGCUGUGAUCCACCUCUGCCGCUACUCUCCACGUGGCCUUGGCUGCUCAGCCCCUGUGCCCUGCCCGAGAACAACAAGGGGCAGGGCCGCCAAAUCCUCCAGGGAGGGAGGAGCCACCACAAGGGCCCUGAGCGUGGGCGAGCCAUCAUCCAGUUCCACACCACGCUACGAUUCUGCAGACUAUCCCAGAAGCAAGGACAACCACUGAAUAAAUUCUCCAUUUGCAGCAAGUCACGCUGGCCACAGCGAGGAGGACAACAGACUGGAAACGGGCAAGAGUGAUAAUAAAUUGGGAGAAAAAUUGGGAGGGCGUUUCAAUUUUCCAAGCGCAAAACAGGACAGUCCUUUAGACGAGGGUGAUGGCAGUGGAAGUGGGGAGACACCAACAGGUUUAAAAGAUGGGAGGAUUGACUGAGGGGCCUGGGUGGCUAUGUGGCCCCAGGGUGGGGAAGGAAGGGAGCAGGCUUGGCUUCUCCUGUCUCACCAGCCGCGGGCUCUGGUCUUUGGGGAAGGCCGGUGAGCCUAUUCUCUGUUUGUUCUGGGGCUCCCUGUGUUCUCCCAAUAAAUCUCCCAUCUUGUUCAAAAGAAGAGCAUGAGCUGAAUAAAGGAGGGAACCCACGGCUUAAUAAGGCGAGGAGUGCUGAGUGAACUGAAGAAUGAGUGAUAGAGCCACCAGGGGGAUUCACUCAUGUCCCCAGCUGUUCAAAGAAUGAAGAGAAGGUAGGCUCAACCAGAAGAAAAAGGAAGUGGUCCCCACUGGGCAUACUCCGAGGGACCCCUCCUCCCCCACCAACGCCUCAGGGUCUCCACUCCUCCAGGGUGCGGACCAAUUUCAGCUGAGACAGAGAAGGGAGGGGUGGGCGGGAAGGAGGAGGGAAGGAGAGGCAGGCGACAUGGACGGUUCCGAGGGACCUCUGCCUCAUCCUCUCCUCCCGCCGUGUGGCCUCUCUGUGCUUCCCUUUCGGAGUCCACAAUUUCACCAUCCGUGGUGGGCGGGUUUGGGAGUCACCAACACGCCAGGAGAGAUUUUCUGUCGCAGCAGCAGCAUUGGGCAGCUCACAGGAGCUCAGAGCCCAGGGUCCUCCUCUGCCCUGGGUGCCCUUAACGGCCCGAAGGGGAAGGACUCAAAUGUGCAACUGUGUGACUGUGGCCUCCGCUCAGCCCAGCCCGCCUCUGGAGCAUCAUGGUCACUGUCCGAGAUGCUCACGGGCUGACUCGCAGCUGGAGACACGCUCUGAGACCAAGCCCCACCGUGUCAGAGCUGAGGGGGUCCAGGACCUCCUUUUCCCCAGAGCCUGGCUUUGCAGAUGAGAAAGCAGAAGCCCAGAGACGGGGAGGAAUUCCCUCAGGACACACAGCGAGGGGCAGAGAGGGCCUGGAAGUGAGCUUUUGGACAGAACCCAUUUCCUUUGGAAGGCUCCUGGGCGAUGCCCCCUGCCCGGGACAACUCCCAGCGCUGAAAACUCAGAGGAGAACACAGUAGGUGCUCAGGGCCAUUUGUGACUGAAUAAAUGUUUCUAAUGGGACAGCACAAGCAGGCCGUGAAGCUGGGAGCGGACCCCAAAUCCUGCCUUUCCCCAGGAACUCCUGCUCCUCUUUCAGACGAGCGAAGUGGGGCUCGGAAAGGAGGCGGGAGGGGAGCAGCGCGGCCCUGAGUCCCUGGUGAGGAGCACACCACCGGGUGUGGGCAGCCCACGGAGCAGGCUCCCCAGGAGAACGGGUGCAGAGGAGCGUGGCGGCUGCACCCUUGCUUACUGAAUGUUUGGUCUCUGAUCCCGAUGCCCGUUCAAAUAACAAGAACAGAGUCUUGGGGGAAAAGGAAAGCUUUCCUUCACCAGUCAGGGGCAGCAAAGCAAGGGCCAGGGGCCCCCAAAUUGCUAGCUCCCCGUUAAGAAACGGGUGGGGCUUUUGAUUUGGGGCUUUAGGUAGGGGAGGGUGCCGUGGCCUUCCUGGUCAGCGUUUUCCCAUGGGCCUGCGUCUGGGGCUGCUUCCAGCCGAGGAGACAGAGGGUUUCUCAGAUGAGCGUCCUCGGCUGUUUGUCUCCACGGGGGAAGGUGCACUCUGACGUCAGGGAGCCGAGGAGCUGGGCCUGGGCAGCCUCGGUUUCUGGAUAUUGUCUGGACGCUAGUUUCUCUGUAAAAGGACUUCAAGGUCCUGGGAUCAGCAUGACUUUAGUGGGAGCCCAGCGGGAGCCCAUCUGGACUUGAACAAUUUGCUAAUUCCAUUUGGCUCUAGAGCUCAAGGGGUCACAGGUCACAGAAACAAGCCUUUACCUAUGAGUGUCACUAAGGACCCAGGGCCCUGGGGAUGUGGGCCUUGAGUUUUAGCCCAUCUCUGCUGGGUUCUCUGAAGGGGAACCGACGGCGGGGGUGAUGUGAACUCAGAGCCGGUCCCACCUUGGCCCGGCCAGGCACCCCAUCUCCCACCUGGGAAGCGGGAAGCAGUUAGGGCUGGAAUCCUGGGGAAGAGAAGUUCUUUCUCUGUUGGGCUGCUGAUGGGUGCUGAGGCCAGCCUGGGAGUGACGGUGGAGAGCUCCCAUGAGCAGGACAGCAGCACACAGGGCAGGCAGCCAAGCCAAGAGGCUGGGAGGGCCGAUCCCUGCUGAUGGCGUCGAGCACCCAGGCUAUCAAAAGAAUCCUGGGGCCGGGUCGGCGGCAUACUGGUUAAGCUCCUGCACUCCUCUUCAGCGGCCCCAGGUUUGCAGGUUUGGGCCCCAGGUGCAGACACUCACAUCGCUCAUCAGCCCAUGCUGUGGCAGGUGUCCCGCCCAGAAAAUAGCGGAAAAUUGGCACAGAUGUUAGCUCAGGGCCAAUCUUCCUCACAACACAAAAGGAAAAGAAUAAAGCUUCUGACUGUUCCUUUCAGCUGGCAAAUGGAGCACUCUGGCAUGGCUACAACAUGGAGGAUUUAGGCUAGCUUCAAGGAAGAACUUCCAGAUAACACUGCAAGGCUCCAGUCUAACCUGCGGCCCAACUGGACUCAAGCCAUAUCUGUUGGGGGCCUGCUAUAGACUGUUACCCAAGUUAAUCCUCGUUUUGGAGGACAAGACUGAGGCUCAGAGAAGGGAGGCAAGUGGCCAUAGCAAGGACGUGUGGACCAGGCAGCUAGGCCCAGACGCUGCUGCUGCUCUCUGGGGAGCUGGCCGAGGUGGCUUGCCCGCGUGCCGGGGGCUCUGGCGCCAGUGGCACGUGUGCUGGGAGCGCCUGAGCCGUGGUGGCCGCACGGGCUGCCCAGAGGCGCCCGGGGGGCUUGUGCACACAGCGGGCCGGCUCUUGGCCCGGCCCCGCCCGGCUCCCCUCCCGGCUUUGUCUUGCUUUGCUUGGGGGAAUCACGCUCAGGCGACCACCAGGCCCAGUGUCUGGAGCCUGUACAGGGGAGGCCACAGCCUGCGCCGCCCGCCGGCCCUCCGGACACCCCUUCCUUCCUUCGGGCCUUGCGGGACCCUGUUCCCCACUUGCACAGAGGAGGUCUUUCCAGAAUACGCAGGGCACCUCGCUCCUUCUGGAAUGCGAUGGGUCCCUCGCUGCCCUUUCCGCGUCACCCUGGAACGCAGCUCGGGUCCUGCUUUCUUUGCCUCGUGGCCUCCAGAGGCCGCCACAGGAGGGCCCGGGCGGACGGUGCACCAAGCUCAGCCCCCAAGGGCCCUGAGGCGAGAGCUGCCCACCAGGGACCUCGCACCAGCUGAGGAGGCUGUUGAGGCCCCGAGGGGCGGACACAGGGCUCGGGCCAAAGGGACCCCAAAGGCUUCGUGCUGGCUGGGGGCUUCUGGCCGUGCUGGGGGUCCAGCUCCCUGCGGUGUCUGAGGGCCCGCUGUGUGCAGAGAAGCAAGGACAGCGGCCGGCCCAGAGCUGUUCACAGCCCAAGCGCGGACGAGCCAGCCAGGCAGACAGAACCGCAGCUCACGGGCCGUUUCCAGGGGUGAAGGGUGGCGUCGGGGCAGAGGCCCACGUCUGCUGGGGAACUACUUAAGUACAGAGAAGUUUUAGCUGAGACUUGCAGCUUCCAGUGAGAUAUGAGUUUGGCUCAAAUAAUGGAAAACUCUAUUAAGAGUGGCUUAAACCACAAAGACAUCUAACGUGUAAUGUUUAAAAACGAUGUGAGAGACGGGAAGUCCAGAUGUGGUCUGGUGGCCCGACAAUGUCAUCGGUGACCCAGAAGCCACCCCCUCUCUAUCCCACCAUUAACAGAAUGUUAGUGUCACUCCCUCAUGACUGCAGUGUGGCUGCCUCCAUUCCAGCCAUCAUAUCUGCACAGUCAGGGUUCAAGCCGGAAGCAAGGGGGCAUCUCAACUCAGGGCGCCAGGGCAAAGGUAGAUUUUCAAAGCUCAUUCUAAUACUGAAAACCUGGAAGACUACAGAGCGAAUGCCAGGUGUCAAGCUUUUUGUUGGUAUGAAAUGGGAACGGCUGGCCACCUGCGACAGUCCCUCUCGGAGACGCUCUUCUGGAGCUGAGCUGGAGCCACUCUCUGGAUGGAGCAUGUGUUCCCAGCUCACCACAGUCCCCGCCACUCCCUCAGCUUGCCUCUGGCCCAGGGCCUCACCCACCUCUCUGGACCUGACCCCUGGAGGCAUCUGAGUUUGCGGUCCUCCCGUUAGCCCCAUGGAGCUUCACUUCUUCACCCGAGAC